CCAGGCCCUGUGCGAGGAUUUGCUUUUCGGGGUGCUCGACCAGUGCCCAUCCCUGCCAUCAGGGGACCGUGAGGGGUUUGGUCUCGUUUUGAAGCCAUGCCCCUAUCUAACAAUGCAGUUGCCUGACCAAAGAGACUGCCAAAAGCUCGUAGCAAGGCUGAACGCAGCUGUCCCGACGGCUGCCUGUCUCCGUCCACCGCUGGGCCCCAGUAAACCUCUGUGGUCUCCUUCUCUUCGCAGACGUGCCGCCGAUGCUGCCAGUGGACCUCAAAGGGGAGCCAGGACCGCCAGGGAAGCCAGGCCCACGCGGGCCCCCCGGCCCCCCCGGCUACCCAGGAAAGCCAGGCAUGGGGAAACCAGGAAUGCACGGCCAGCCCGGGCCCGCCGGGCCCCCCGGCUUCUCGGGGAUUGGGAAACCAGGCAUCCCAGGACUCCCAGGAAAAGCGGGUAUGAAAGGGAUGCCCGGAGCCAAAGGCGAACCCGGCAUGAGAGGAGAGCAAGGGCCCAGAGGACUGCCAGGCCCCCCAGGACUGCCGGGGCCAGCAGGCAUCUCGGUCAAUGGGAAACCAGGCCCUCAGGGUGGUCCGGGCCUGCCAGGGUUUCGGGGAGAGCUCUCCGCCCGGAUCGCGCCAGCCUUCACCGCCAUCCUCACCUCCCCCUUCCCAGCGUCGGGCAUGCCGGUGAAGUUUGACCGGACUUUGUAUAACGGGCACAACGGCUACAACCCCGUCACUGGGAUAUUCACCUGUCCCAUAUCCGGCAUCUAUUACUUUGCCUACCACGUGCAUGUCAAAGGGACUAAUGUUUGGGUGGCACUUUAUAAGAACAACGUGCCUGCCACCUACACUUACGACGAGUACAAAAAAGGCUACCUGGACCAAGCCUCAGGCAGUGCCGUGCUCGAACUCAAGGAGAACGACCAAGUCUGGGUACAAAUGCCCUCGGACCAAGCCAACGGGCUGUACUCCACAGAAUACAUCCACUCCUCCUUCUCUGGAUUCCUGCUUUGCCCCACAUAACGGCUGUUGGGCGCAUUUCCUUUUUACCCACUCUAGCCAUAAACUGUCUUUUUUGAUAAAAAAAUUAAAAUAAAAUUAAUACAAAAAGAAAAAUCACUGGGAAGAAGGCGCAAGCCGUUGUCACGGGACCUUGCUUCAUGCUGUUUGAUCCAUGAGUCAAGAGGGUAAUCGGAAAGGAGACAUUUUUCUUUCUUUCUUUCUUUUUUGGGGGAGGGGAGAAGGGAGGGAGGGGAGCGACUUUCUCAGCAAAGUGUAUUUGAAGUAAAUUUUACCCUAGUGACUGCACAUCAAACACAGGAACGUGCUUGCGAUGGCAAGGAUCUGGCUACGCAGUAAAUUGCUCUGUGAUCCAGAGAAGGUAGUCUGGAAGAACAGGCCUUUCUGGUCUGCAGUCAAGUGCCCUUGUUUCCCAUUCAGAGUAAGAGUUAAAACACAUUUCAGCUGUUAUAAUGGAUGGUCUAUUUGCUACCAAACACAGGGGUCCUAGGCACUUAACACAAAUAUAUACAGCAGCAGAGAUCCAUGAUGGGUUGAGAAAUUUCCUUCCCAAACCAUCAUAUGCCCGAGUUUCAGUCGCAUUGAUACCUAUUUUUUUAGACUGUACUUUGAGGCGGUCUCUCUGAUUCAUUCCAGAUUCAGUGCGGUUGGAUUUAUAAUCACAAGUGGAACACUUUGCAUAAGCACCUUUUUAUAAUAAGUAAAUACUAUGUUUAACGCUCCCCCCAACACCUUUAGGAAUAAAAACAUCCAGGCUCUGGUAUCUGGGAGGAUGACAGAUGACCUCUUCCAACAUCCUUCAGGGAAACUGGGACCCCUGUGAUGAACUAUGAUCCUCUAUCUUGUGUUAAUUCAUCUCCCGGCAAGUUCAAGGGCUAGUGCUACUCUGUAUAUUUCUUUGCAGCCCAAAGACUUGCUUGGCCUUGUGAACGUGUUAUUCUCUGCCAACACAAGGACGGCGCUGCCAGCCUGCCUUAUGGUGCUUCUAGCCUGGUUUAAUGGAAGGUUUAGUUAUGCUUUCUUGAAAGUGCCACUUACGGACAACUUGCUUUUAAUGUCUCACUAUGUCAGGACGUGUAAACUGUUGCAUUGGCAUUUCCCCCUUCUCUGGGGACCUUUUAAUUAAGCGAAAAUAGCGUUCAUUCUAACUUUCCAUUCAGCCAUUUUACAACGGUGCUAUUGUCUACUUAACAAUGUUAUUUACAAGUAUAGUGCAAUAUGUAUCUGUAAAAGUGCACCGUUCCAGGUGCCCAUCUGUGACUUAGGUUAAACAAAAAAUUCACAUUUGUCUGUUACCACUCUGUCUCACUAAUGCUUGAGAUGUCAUCAAUCUGAGUGUGAGCUGCAAGAUUCUGGGAAAGGUAUGCACAGAUACCGACCACUUGGCUGCUCUGUCCUUUGCUAAAAGGAGCAACUGAACCCUGUUGCUUUGCAGAUUUUCUCAUGGUAAAACAGUAACUGACCCUUGCACUUACAGUUAAGUGAUUCUUCUCAUCCCAGGCAAGUAGAGCGCUGCUGAAGUUAAUCCACAUGCAUUAUACUGAACGUCCCUCUACAAAGAGGUAUCCCUGAGAAAACAGCAACAAUUUGGUCACCAGCUGAGCAACUUUUACCCUUAAAUCUCCGUAAUGCCUAUAAUAUGGCCAAAGAAAAGAAACACAGCAAGAAUGGGACUUGGGAUUAUUCUCCAGAUUGACUGCAGAAGAUAUUUAAACACGUUUUCCUUUUUUUUUUUUUUUUUUUUUCUCUCCCCCCCUUUAAGCCUAUCUUGUGUUUGUGCCUCUUGCCAUCCAGGGCUUCCUUUUAAACACACACCUCUCUCUGAAAUUAAGAAACACAAAAAGGAAAUUAGAAAUGGAAAGGCCAGCACUUUAGUCACUGCCCUUUGGGGGCUGGUAUCCCGCAGCCUGGGCUGAUUUUUUUUGAUAUAAAAUUGGAAGCUGUGACGCGAUGGAACUUCCACACGUGGAAACACCGGCCCAGGCUUUCCCGCGUUUCAUUCCUGAAGGCAGGGGGGUCUCAGAGCCAUUCACAUUUUAACUGUAAUCGGUUAUUCCCCAGCAGGAAAAGGAGCCGUACAAAAAAAAAAAAAAAA